AUGACAAUAGAGACUGGGCUCGACGAGAUAAAUGAGGCGGUGUGUAUUCUACGAAACUACCGGCUACCAGUGCCACACCUGUCUAGGGGAUUAAGCCGACCUCAUACAAAUGAGAAGGAAUCGAAGGACGAGGGCCAUUCAGGAGAUGGGAUGGAGUUAAAUGAAGGGGAGGAAGAGGAGACACAACCGCGGCAGGAUGAUAAGGAACUAGGCUAUGGGAAAGAAGGAAAAUCUAGGAUUAGUGAUGAAGUUGACUUCAUUCUGCGGCAGGAAUGGGCUAAUCUGGGUCAGCUUAUCCGUGAAGUAGAACGCCAGCUAGUUCCUGUGAAGCGACGGUUUACACGAAUAGCACAGCAGCAGAUAGAACAUUUUCGUGAAGAGAUGAUGCUUUUAGCCAACAGGUUUGCAGCAGAAGGGCCUGGAACAGUGGCGGGUGAUCUUGAAAGUGGUCUGCAGAUAAUGAAGGUACUGUGA